AUCAUUCACCAGCUUGAUACUUUCUUAGAACGUGGAAUGGACAGCAAAACAUAUCAUUUCGACAAAGGCGAUAUAAAUCUAACUAAUGCUAAGAAAAACGAGGAUGAAGUUUCAUCUUUUAUUGAAAAUCACGAAGCGAAUGACCACAAAGAGUUGAAUUAUGAAAAUGAAUUUCUAAGUAUUAAUAGAGAGAGUUUCAGAGAAGCUACAAUUCAAGUAUUAGAUGCGAAAUCUAAGUUGCAUGAGGAAAUCGUAAAUAGUAUUAUAACGCCAAGUACAAUAAGUAACCCAAUAGCUGUACAAAACCAAACGUUGGACUACAGCGAACCUACAAAUAAAAAUUAUGAAACAUUUAAGAAUGACGUCCCACCUCGACAAGAUGAACCUCAUAGAGGAAGUGUUCGACUCGUUCGACUGCAAGCAGUUUCUGAUAAUCAAAAUGAGCAUAAUUCAAAGGUUGAAUGUGAUAUAGCAGUGCCAAGCACAAAUAGUGCAAUUAUUUCUACUGGAGAUUUAAAUCAUGGAAUAAACACCCAUGAAAAUAAAACAAAGAAUGAAGUGGACAGUCAGCAGAUUAUUUUCUCUGAGGCAGAAUGCACAUUUUUGUCUUCUCAUAUACCAUCGGUAAAUCAGCAAAAUCUCUCAUCAAAUUCUGAAGAAAAUACUUUGAUAACCGAAGUGUCAUAUCAAUCUGAGACACAAAAUCCAGAUCCGAACUUGGUUCAUACUUCGAAUACGACAUACGAACAAACUGUUUUUAGUACCUCGAAUACAACAAUUUCUAAUUUGAAAAUGCCAAGGAUUGAAAAAGUUCAGUCCUUUUCUUCAACAGAUCCUAAAGUAUCAAUGUGGAUUGAUAAUUCCGGUGACAACACUUCCGGGAAUAUGAAUGACAAUCCAGCAUUACAAUAUCACGAAAAUUCUCAAGACAUUUAUCAGAGCCCUGUCAAUCUGGAUGAGAUAUCAGACACACAACAAAUGCAACGUUUCAUCACUGCUGACAAUCAAGUUGUGUAUGGAUACAAAGAUCCUAAUGGAGAAUUCCAUUUUUUCUGUCCUACUAUGAACGAAAGGGAAAGUCACAAUGAAAAAGAAAGGAAAAGAAGAAGCCGGGUUUCUGACGCUUGUAGUGCUUUGCGUAAGAUGAUUCCGGGUAUGAGUGAAAAGACUGAUAAAGCUACAGUUUUCGAACAAGCAGCAAGAUAUCUAAAAUUUUUGAGAGACAAGUUCGGAACACAAUUUGAUCAAGCUUAUUGCGAAAAAUACUUUCAAGAAAGAAGUUGAAAGACAUUUGCAUACUUUCGUAUACUUUUUAUUUCUUGAGCUGACAUUUUUAAAUGCAAGUGAAAGCUGAAGAUUGUUGUAUUUGAG